GGCCCUGCUGCCGCACCUGGCUGCGUCCCCGGACCUGCCCGCGCGGUGACGUGGAGCGGCCCGGGGCCCCUGGCAUUGGCCGGGAGGCGGCGUCUCGGCGCGGCUGUCCUGCACUCAGCUGCGCCGGGCCCGCCGCGGAGGAAGCGGGCGUGUUUCGAAGCGUCUCCGACCCUCGCCGAGGAAUCCAAAGGAAACAAUGCGUGCCCGGCCCCGUCCCGGCCCUCUUCUCGGCUGCGGGGUCCGCCCCGGCCCCCCGUGAGGCGCGCGCCCCGGCCCCCCGUGAGGCGCGCGCCCCGGCCCCGGCCCCCUGGACGUCUGCCGCGGGCGCCUAAUUCAAGCUCUACGUUCAUAACCCAAAACUGCUUUCUUCUGGUUGGGCCAUUUUCAAGAACCGAUCAUCGGUUUUCGUACAGCUUAAAAGAAUCUUGCCUGAGGGGAAGGGAGAAGCACCUGAGAGAAUCAGCAGCGGCUGAGACCUGGAGAGAGGACGCUGGUGGCCGAGGGCCUGCCUAGGGCCUCGUCGUAGGUGGCGGCCCCUGCACCCCGUGGGACGGCUUCCUCAGCUCCCGGCCAUGGCCUCCCUCCUCUGGCUGGACGGCUGAUGGGACCCUGUGCCCGUGGAUCUGGGAGCAGGACAGGUGGGCGGGGCAGGGACAUGGACUCGGGCCUGCGGAGAUGGAAGUGACCUGAGCCCCGCCCCAGGCGUCCCCCAGAAGGACAGCUGCAGAGCAGAAGCCGCCUGCCUGGGGAGCAGCAUGCAGGAAGCUGGCUUUCAGGCCACAAAUGCAUUCACAGAGUGCAGGUUCGCCUGCGCCAGCGGCAAAUGCUUGGAGCUGGGCUCGCUCGUCUGCAACCAACAGAACGACUGCGGGGACAACAGUGACGAGGAGAACUGCCUGCUGGUGACGGAGCACCCGCCACCCGGCGUCUUCCACUCGGAGCUGGAGUUCGCCCAGAUCGUCGUGGUGGUGGUUGUCGUGGCGGUGAUGGUCGUGGUGGUCGUUUGCCUGCUGAACCACUACAAGGUGUCCACGCGGUCCUUCAUCCACCGCCCGAGCCCCAGCAGGAGGCAGGACGAAGCACUGCAACCGGAAGGGUGCUUGUGGCCUGCUAACAGCUCCAUGCCGCGGCAGGGCGCCUCUGAGAUCCUCUUCGCCCCGCGCGCCCGGGAUCGGUUCGCCGGCCCGUCCUUCCUGCCGCGGGACCGCUUCGGCCGCUUCCAGCCCACCUUCCCGCGGGCGCCCCCCGAGAUCGACCUGCCGCCCACCAUCUCGCUGUCGGACGGCGAGGAGCCGCCGCCCUACCAGGGGCCCUGCGCGCUGCAGCUGCGCGACCCGGAGCAGCAGCGCGAGCUGAACCGCGAGUCGGUGCGCGCGCCCCCCAACCGCACGGUCUUUGACAGCGCGCUGCCCGGGGCGCCCCUGCGCGCGGGGGGCCCGCGCCCGCCCAGCAGCCACGCGGGCGUCAGCGCCGCCACCUGCAGCAGCCGCGGGCGCAUGGACGGGCCACCGCCCGCCUACAGCGAGCUGCUGCCUGCGCCCGGGGCCCCCGGCAGGGACCGGAAGCCCGGGGACCUCGUGUGACCCCCACGCCCAGGGACCCCCGCGCCCGGCGCCAUUCCGGCCAAUCGGCGCGCUCUCCGCAGGCUUCCAGGGCGCUGCGGAGCAUCCCGCCUGGAGUCCCGCCAGCCCCAUUCGGUUCCACCGCGAAUAGUGUUUCUUGGAGGGCAGGGGAGGUGUUGGCUGGCAGGGGAGGUGGUGGGGGGCGGUCUUGGCAAAAGAUGAGCAGGGGAAGGCAGAGAAGGGAUGCUUUUGGAAUACCGUGAAACAAAAUCCACGAGGCUAUUUUAUUUAAUUCUGAAAGGAGACUUUGCAGAGAAGAGAGGCCGGAAUGGCUUGUUUUAUAAUUAACUGAAUAAAGAAGGAAGCGUUAUUAUAUAUUAUCGUGGGGAAGAAUUGGCCAGUUAGCUUUUUCUCCCAAGGUGUGGAACUUUUAUUUUGUUUUAAAAAUAAUGAAUCAGAAUUCCUGUUUGUGUGCCAAGGUAUAAAGUGGAGAAAUUAGAUGAAUGCAAGAAGUUAAUUUGUGUUGUGAUGAUGUGUUUUUAAAAGUUGCACUAUCUUAAUGUUUAAAAUAUAUAUAUGAGGGAGCUGUUUUCCGUGAAGUUCUGUAUGUCGUCCUUACACCUGUGGAACAUUGUUAGGUCCAAGGAGUACCCUGGAAGUUCCCCAUGAGCACGCAGGAAAGGAUAUUGGGGGGGUGGGGGGGGGGAGCCUAUUGUAGACUAAGUUACCCAGCAGGGAGGUCACAUUGUCGCAAUAAUUUGCAUUAAAUAACAGUGAAUCAUUGCGGCAUUUAGAGACUCUGGGAGGGAAGAUAGGAAAUACUAAAUUCCAGCAUUUCUGACUUUUUUUUUUUUUUUGAGUUAUUCUGCUAGUCUUAGGCUGCACAUUUUAUUAAAAAUAAAGCAGACACAUGCGUGUAUGUAUUCACAGUAUCAUCCAGUACUGCCCUCCUCCUUCUGGCAAUGCAGCUUCUGCAGUCAUUUAGAUACUUUUUUUUUCAAAGUAGCAUGAAAUAUAGAGAUACAUACCUUAUUUUUUAUGCAAUAAAUUGUUUAAAAUGCAAGGUGGCUAUUUUUAAUACUGUUGAAAUAUUUAACUUCUUAGUGUAUUCCUUUUGUCUCUUUCUAGAUACUUAAAUUCAGCCCUGGAAGGCUGGUUCAUUUGACUAGAGGAUCUCACAGGCACCUGCCCUUCCACCCUGCCCCAUAUUUAGCAUGCGAUGCUGGCCAUGUGUGCCUCAGUUUAGAAAGCUGCUCCAGGCUACCGUGUUGCCAAUCACAUCCAUAAGCUAUUGUGUUUUCCCUGGUUUUGGCAUAGCAUUCGCGGAGGGACACGGGUCCAAACCUCCUCAGCCUCCCCAUCAGUUUUUGCUUUCAUGGCAAUAACUGGACAGUCACCUACAAAACAGUGGGCAGAUGCUGUAGUGACUUUUAGAGCACAGGAUAAAAAAGCACAACAUGCAGUUAAAAUGCAAUGGCAAAACUAGUUUAAAUAUUCCUGAUAUUUACAAACAUGCGUUCUCACAUAAAAUGAAAAACAACUUUCUUCUGUGGAGUCAAUUAUCUGGCUUUUAUUAAAGCAGCAACCAAUAAAUUCAACAAAAAACGGACCGUAGAGAAGCGCUCAUCUGCUUUUUGGAGGUGAUUUCUUUUGCCUUCUGCACAAAACAAGAUGAAUUGAAAUGAUGAUUAAGCAACUCUUUGAGCUAUGCAGAGUUUUAAUGCCAGAUCGGCAUCUGUGUGUUCACGUUUGUCUGUGGGCUGUCUGUGCUGGCAGCUGAGAAUGGACGAGGCUGCGUGAGAAGUCGCGUUCUGCUGGGUUUUGCUUCUCUUCUUAGUAGAUAGGUUGCUGUUUGUCUUGUUUCAAGGAUUGGAAUCUGCAUUGGAAUCAUCCAUUUGACUCAGUAAUGUCCACAGAACUAGAUAUCUGAACUCUCUCUUAAAAGGAGAGAGAAGAAAGAUGAGUCACAGUUGUCGGUUCCUGCUUAAACCGUAUUUGGAUGUGUGUAAGCUUUAGGUCUCAGUGGAAAUUCUAAGGCUGGAUUCACUCUCCUUCCGAUGAAGCCCUGGGAAAGCCUCUGGGUGGGAGGCAGAUGGCUCUCCUUGGAGCCUCGAUUUGGACCAGAGGUGACCUUUUCCCACUGCCCAGGAGGCCUCUUCCAGCCAGCUGGUUUCCUGGAUUUCAAGCCUCAGCCUGAGGAAGUUAGGAGUCACCUUGAGACAAAGCCUACCUAGCCUUCUUCUGACAGGUGAGGAGGGAAACACUUGUCUAAGCCUGGACCCUGUUGGAUGUUUGGCCAUGUGUCCCCUCAGAUGCAAAGGAGGAAAGAUUAGCUAAUGAUUUCAUCAUUCCAAAUCCCACUUGCCAUUUUGGUAAAGUGGGUGAAUCCCCUGUACAGCUCUGGCCCUAAAUGACUUUACAGUCCUUAAUUUUUCACCUGUUACAAGAGUGAGCUAAGAUCAGAAACUUUGAAAUUCCUUAGUAACUUUGCAAGUAUAUGGAUGUUCUUCAGAUGUCCACAGUAUUGGCAAAACAAUUAUUUAAUUCACAUAACUUUAAUUGCCCAAAAAAAGAGAGGCUCCUCCCAUUUAGCCACCUUAGAAAACUGCCCUGUAAUUUAAAUAGUUAUUUGAAGACAUACUAAGCCAGGAAUUCAAAAGGUCUCUUGGUUGGGCCUCUGGAAUGAAUUAAUUUAAAGGCUAAGGUCAUAAACUGAAUCAAUAGUCCAUUUCCCAUAGGUGCAGGGACAAGAUGAUUUCCAUCAGCAGCUCUUUUGGGCGUUGUGGCUGACAUGCUCCUAAGCCUUGCUGCAUCAGGCCACGAUAUUGAAAGAGUAGGGACUGUGGUGGCGUCGCCUGAAUGAUGGGGUUUGUUUCUUUCAUGAAACCCUGUAGGCUCAUGGAACUCAGACAUCUAGUUGUGAAAGCAGUGAUUUAGGCAAUCAGAAAUAGGUUUAUGAUCUUAGUAUUAUUUCAAGAGCUCGUUGCAACAAAGGAUUACUUUGAAAGAAAAGUUAGUGGAAAUUUAAACACUCUUGUGCAUACUUCUGUGACUUUUGUCCAUUGUUGCGUGCUUCCAGGGGUUUGAAACUGAAACUCAAGGCAUGUUGUAUUCCAUCCAUAAGAACACAUUCUCUGGGCAUAUAUUUGCUCUUUCAGAAACUCUAGUGUUUUCAGACUCUGAAGAAUCUUUACUGCAAAUGAGAUUUUGCUAAACAAACCAUUUAAAAUAUUGAUCUAUUCUUAGUGUACCUGACCCAGAUUUAGUUUUAAAGAAGAUUGGCAAGCAUAUCCUUUGUCCUCACCCACCAUAGAAACACAUGGAACACACCCAGUCCAUGAGAAAUUUCAGAAGAGUAGAGGAGAAUAUUUAAAAAUAACAAAGAGUUUUAUCAUGAGGGCUACACUUAGGUACACUAUUUUUAACUCAGAUUUAUGGGAGAGGAAAUGGGGACCAACAGCAAAACUGGGGAGCCUCCAACACCAGCAUAGGAAUUGGGUGCACAGAUGAGAACAUCUGGAGCACCUAAAUAGCUUUAUUUUAUCGUCCUGAGAAUGAGAAGGGCUCACUUUUAGAAAGCAUCUCUGAUUUAAAAGGAUUCAUUCAAACUCCUGACUUCUUUCAGAACCAGCAAUUUCCCAUCUCUGACUGGGGUGAUCCUGUAUCUUCCAUCCAGUUGGGCUUCUUUUUAGGAAGGGCCUUCUAGGAAUAUCCAGGUAUAGUGCUUGUCACACACGUCCCCAGGCCAGACAGUGGUUUAUAGCAAGAGAUCCACAGCCCAGCCCCUGACCCCCUCAAAAGAAAGUCUGCUUGUGCUGUAGUCACUCAGGCUUCUUGGGGCUUGCUGAUGGCAUGCCUCAGGUGGAGCCUGAGAACCUGGCCCCACUUCGUUCUCAUCGUGGCUUACCAGCAGUCAGGUCUGGAUAUGUCUGCUUAUUGAGCUUUGCUACUUAGAAUGCCACUGUGAGCUCUGAUGGUAUACCAUUCAUUUAUCUUAAAGUUCCUAAAGCUCUGCAGUGUAGGUAGGAAAAUAACUGCUGGAUCCAGUAUCCUUCCAGAAGGAAACUUGGGUUUCAGUUAACAUUUUGCUUUUCUUGUCUAAGUGACUAAAACCCAAAAUAGACAUUUUACCAAAAUACUCCUCCAAAGACCCUCUUGGGGCUCUCCACCAGUGAUCCCCACCCUGGUUAAUAGGUCCAGACUCUUCCAUUUUCCUCCCAUUGACCUGUAUCACCACAUUCUUGAAGGACUCGGAUAGAAUAACACUGUUGGAUGGCAAGUUGGCAGGUGUCCCUUUUACACUGUAGCAGCACCCCACAGUCAUAGUUAAGGGGCUUUGCUGUCACCCCAGGUCACAGGUGAUGGGUCUUGGCAGCUUGGUGGCUCACCUGACUCCCAGCUCCCAGAACCAGUCCAGAGACAGUGGAGAAGGGUUGAGCAGUGGGAAAGGAUGUGCGCCUUGCUGUGCCCAUCUGAUUUUGGAAUCAAGAUUUCUACACACAUUACUUUGACACCCAAAGCCCUACCUCUUCUGCAUAGCUCAAGUGUAUCCCUGGUUGCCAGGGUGACACCGUCUUUUUGCUGCUGCUGCAUUCUGAGCUAGGAUGGAUUAGGAAGCUGCUGUCUUGCGAGCAUCGGGAUGUGUUGCUAAAUCAGGUCUUCCUUUCAUCUUUUCUUUCCUUCCUGUGUGUGUGCUUGUUUAUGUCUCAUGGCAGGGGGUUAGAACUGUACAGGUGUUAUAUACGCCAUACAUGCACAGUACAGAUACACACAGCAUUUCAGAAUCUGCAUGUUUGAAGUUUCUAAGCAACUAAGGUGCCUCCGGCUCGUUUGAGCAGAGAUGGGAGCCAAGUCCCCACCCCAACCCCCUCCAUGCCCAGCUUUGUUGUGCCUCUCUUAAAAUGGUGCUUUUUCAGUUGUCUGUCUUUUCUUAUGUUUUUAUUUGUAAGGUGCUGUAUAUAACUUGAAUAUAUUAUGCACACAUCCUACCCAAUGGGUAGAACAACAAAUUGUUAAUAUGUAAUAUAAUGUAUAGAUGAUACCGAUUUAAAAAGAAAUGGCAUAGAAUUUGUGAAUGCCUACGUGCUUUGUCCUCUUUUGUAAGGAAAUUUGCAAAUGGAUGCAUACAAAUAAAAGUCUAUGUAGUUUAUUUUCCUAUUAAAUAUAGAUAUUAUAACAUAAGGGAAAGAAGUCUGAACAAACAAGUGACAGUUACAACCAGCAUAAAUAUAGCAAUUGAUAGUUGCAUCUUUGCUGUGAAAACUUUUUAAUAACUAAUUUUUUAAAAAUCCCACAGUUUUAUGGUUGCCACCAGAUUCUUAUUUUAAUCAUUUUAAUAAUACUCAGUUGGACCAGUGUUAGAAAAAAAUUGUUGAUUUUUCCACUUGCUUUAUGAACAGACAUUAUCUCAUGUUGUAGAAAGAAGAAGGUGUCAGGCCCUGGUGAAAAUGCACAUUUUUGUUGUUAUUAAAACUGCAAAUUAUUAUGUUCAAGUGACCCAGCCUGCAGCAGGGGAGUCUGCACAACCAGAGGCGCUUACAACCACGUGUGCCCCACAUCUCUCUGUGCAUUUUCUUUUACAGAUUCAAGUUGUGGAUCCGAUGAACAGUCUAGCUAGUAGGGAGAGAACUGCAGGAAAAGACAGGCCCCCAUCCUUAACUUAGGAAAAAGCUUCUGUUAUGGGUUAUCAUUGGAAAAGAACUGGCUGUCAGCCAGCCAGGGUAGAAUUUAUAUCCAUUCCUUCUGGUGUCUUUUGGUAAUCCCACCCAGAAACAAACCAGGAUUCUUACUGUGAGGUUACGGCCGUCUAACGCAGCAUCUACUUUCAGCUCAGUUUUUAGUGUCUGAUUUUGACCUCCAUAUUUAUCUUUAAAUAUUCUAAUAUUCUCAAAAAAGAAAGAAAAAGAAAGGUGUUGUUAAUUACAAACCACUGUUAGAUCUUUAGUGUGUGUCAAUCAAUGGAAUUUUGCAUAUUGGAUCCAUAUUUCCAGUAUAUUCUGUCAUCAGAGGAAUAGUAAUUCUAAUAAAUUACAUUUUUUUAUUUGCUGGGAGGUGUAUGUUCUGGAUUUGAAAAUCACAAUGGAAUCGUACCCUUAACCCCAGCAAACCAGUUUUUAUUGGUUAUCCUUAAACUGAAAAUAUGCCCACAAUGCAGCCCCUUAAUGCUGCACGGAUGGAAGUCAGCCCUCCUUGUAGUGUCCCGCCCAGCCCGUCCCACCCCCACCGCCAGCUCGAGCACACUGCAGGCUCUGGCAUCAGGAAGCUGUCCCAGUUGGCAACAGCCCUCCUGGCUCCACACUCAGUCUCUUGGGCCCGGGUGGGUGGUGGGUAGGGGGGAGGGUGGCCUCAGAAUGUGCCGGCUCUCAGGCACUGGCAUUCAUGACCACGCCAUUGGCUUAGAUUUUACCCCCCCUCCAUGGGCUGCUUCACCUCUGUGUGCUUCCUGCUAUAUAGUUAUUUUUCAUUUAACAGCUUGCAAAAAUCACAUUUUCUAAUUGUAUACCUGUCUGGGAUAAAACUAUUUUUACAAUAUGUACCAUGCUAUCCAGUGCAAUUUAGUUCAUUUAAUUUUUAUUAUAAAGCAGCUAAAAAAAUGACAGCAGUAUUAGAACAUUUCAGUCAUUGUUCAUAUGGGCUCUAAUAAUCAAAGCCAUUCAUCUUUUUUUGAACAAUCAUUUGUGCUUGCUUUUCAGCGUAACUCCCACUUAUCUACAGAAAGGGAUUCCCAGCUGUUGUAUACCUGCCUCUUUUCACUGGGCUAUGGUGAUGUAGCUUUCAGACCCACAGUUGGUGACUGCAAUGCUUUCAAAGGAAGACAGGCUCUAAGUGCUGUUUGUUAGUUAUAAAAUACGGCGUUUUCUGCUUGUCCUUGAGGCUGUGUUCAAACCAUAGCACAAAAUCAUUAAAAAUAAUCAGUGACA